GAAGUGCCGCUCUCCUGAUUUUAACUGCACACAUUUUUACAUUGUAAAACCUUCAACAGAUGCUUUUGCACCUUCAGUGAGAUCAUGUACAGCAGAGGGUUCAUACAGCAGUGAGAAUAAGCAAGUAUUUCACAAAUAUGAAAAUUGACAAUGGCAAACAACACGACAACUGAUCAAGGAGCAAGUGAUCAUGUUCCAUAUCUUUGUGAGACAGACUUUCCAGCUAUCACAGGUCCCAUCUUCAUCUUGAUCUUCAUCAUCAGUGUCAUAGGCAAUGUUCUCGUCUUGUGUGUUCUUUUCAUCUACGAGAAUCUGAAAAGUGUCACAAAUAUUUUUAUCCUGAACCUGGCCUGCUCGGAUUUGAUCUUCACCUUCACACUUCCAUUCUGGGCCACUGAUCACCUCCAUCACUGGGUCUUUGGGGACUUUGUCUGCAAAUUUAUGACUGCUGCAUACUUUGUUGGUUUGUACAGCAGUGUCAUUCUGCUGACUGGCAUUACAGUGGCCCGUUUCAUUGGAGUGGUACUACACAAAUGGAAGAGCAACUGUGCUAGAAGAAAGAGGCAUGCAGUUGGUGCCUGUAUAGCUGCCUGGGUCAUCAGCAUCUCAGCAUCCCUGAGUGAUGCUAUGAAAGUAAAGGUGGAAAACUUGGAUGAUUUUAACUAUUGCGAGGGCAGCUCUGAUGACAAACUUGGAUAUUAUCUCCAAGUAUCACUUUUAUUCUUUCUCCCAUUUGCCAUCAUUACUUUCUGCUAUUCUGCCAUCCUCAAGACAGUUCUGCAAGGUCUAAACAGAAAAAAGCACAGGACUGUAGUUAUGCUGUUGUGUAUUGUUGCAGCCUUUUUCAUUUGCUGGGGGCCAUAUCAUAUUUUGCUUUUAAUCAAGUCUCUCUAUACACCCGAAGGUUGUAAAGCACAGGAACGGUUGAAUAUUGCCUACCAUAUUUGUGAAAUACUUGCCUUUUCUCACUGCUGUAUGAACCCUGUUCUAUAUACGCUCUCACAGAAGUUGCGAAAGCAUCUGUUGAAGCUUUUGCACUGUGAAAAUGUGUGUAGGAAGAACAGGGAGAGAGACACCGGGCAGAACACUUCUGUUACUCAGAAUGUAGCUUUCACAGCACAGAGCUCUGCUGUUAAGGUGGGACUGCACAACUAUUCAUUUCAAUAAGGAGAGAUCAUUAGGAAAAGUUGAACAUUAUUUAUUGAUAUACAGAAUUCAAUUAAUCUAUUUGGUGGUUAGACUCCGAUGUCCCAUCGAAGUAAAAUGGAAUCCCAGCAAUGAGGGCAGAACCCCCCGGAGUCUAGAUGUGGGUGGUGAAGCUAAAGAUAGAGACUUGGGUGGCACACUGAGUGAUUUGGGUGUGGUGGACAUGGGGAGGAAGUGGGUUGCACGAAUGAGUAUACAAGAAAGAAUGACAAUUAAGGAGUGAGAUUUAAAGUAUUCAAAGUGGAGACUGAUUGGCUUGAAGAAUGCGGGCAGAAAGAUGAUUGGACUAGAGGAAUGAUGUCAGCUUUGAGUCUGACAGAAUGGAAAAGCAGAAGUACACUAGCAGCCAAAUACCCAGGAAAGCAGGCAGAGGAGUGAAUACAGAUUUUCCUUAUUGAACUUACACCUAAGCUUCAUUAAAGAGUGACUCAUGAAAAGGAACAUUGAUCUAAUCUUUUUUUAGCUUUUUUAAAUGUGCCAAGUAAAGGAUGUAUAUGUGUAAAAAUGUAAAUGUCACUGUUCCA